GGUCUCCUGGUGUUGUUGACGUUUGUUUAUUGGGAUGGCAUCGAAUCCGCUUUCGGUCACCAGAGUCUUGUCGCAGAACGGGAAUUUGCCAGCUUUGGCAAUACAGUUUACAAAGCGUUAAAAGAAAACUCCCCUGGUGAUGUGGAUAUAAAGCGGACGGGCCAAGCAGCUGCUAUGGUCUUCUGGAAGACCAAUGCAGAGACAUCGAGACCGGAUCUUCUCAAUCUCACAUCGACUGAUGUCGCCACUAUGCGAUUCGCGCAUAAUGCGUACCUACAGUCUGCCCGACAAAUCAAGAUUCCUUUUGACAAAGGCACUUCUGGAAUCGUUUCUGCGGCUGCUGGAAAGUACUUACCCGUCUUCGUGAUAUCGUUGAGAAUGUUGCGAAGAACCGGUUCACAAUUGCCAGUCGAGCUCUUUGUGGACACGGAGGCAGAGUUGGCUUCGCACACAUGCCAGAUUCUUCUUCCGAGUAUGAAUGCACAUUGCUUGCGACUAGAAGACCGUCUUGGAAGAUGGGCAAGAUACCUUGCGAGUUUCCAAGUCAAGGUGUUUGCAAUCUUGGCUUCUUCCUUUGAGAACGUGCUGUUCUUGGAUGCUGACGCUUUUGUUGCCAAAGACCCUGCUCAUGUCUUUGCGCAAGAGCCAUUUUCUUCUACUGGUCUUGUCACUUGGCCCGACUUUUGGGCAUCGUCUGCUUCUACGCAUCUUUAUGAGAUCACCGGUCAGCCAGUACCAGCAAUGAAUGCCCUUGCCUCUACGGAAUCCGGUCAGCUCUUGGUCUCCAAAGCCAGUCACGCAAUGACUCUACUACUGGCAGCCUACUACAAUUACUACGGCCCUGAUAUAUACUACCCACUGAUGAGCCAAGGAGGACCCGGCGAAGGCGACAAAGACUCUUUCAUCCUCGCCGCUCGCGUGGCCCAAGCACCCUUCCACCAAGUCAAGAAAUGCGUGGACACAAUCGGCUACUACGAGCAUGGCGCUUACCACGGAGGAGCAAUGCUCCAAUACGACCCCACUCAAGACUCUACCUCAUCAGCUGCCAGCGUUGCCUCCAUGGACACCCCACCAGAUGCCUUUUCCGUGCACCACAAUAUCCCAAAGUAUGAUCCUGUACAACUGUUCGAUGCUGGUGUACUUGUAGAUGCAAAGACUGGUAUACCGCACAGAUUGAUUGGUACCAAGGAAGAGACCGAGAAGCGGUUUGGCAGAGAUAUUGAAAAGGAACUUUGGGAAGAGAUUGAGUAUGUGGCUUGUGAACUUGCAGAUCAAAUCGUAGGGUGGAAGACAAUACCCACGACGAAAAAUGAAAACGGCACUUGUGACAAGGUUCGUUGGUAUCGAAAGAAGGUGUUUGUA